GUGAUGUCCGGGAUGUUGUAUGUAUUUUUCAUUCAGAAUAUCACAUUAGUAAAAUCCCCUUUUGGUAGGAUGAAAUUUCCCACCAAUCUCAACGAUGAAGAAAGGACAGGAGAAAGGAGACAGCAUCCUCAUCCUCCAUGUCCAUGCCACCAAAAGCUCUGGAGAAAACGUUCUUCAGAGACUGAAGGCUUUAGCAGAACAUUUCCGCACAGGUAAUUCUUCUCAGUCUCCGCCGUCGCUGCCACCAACUCCGGCAGCAGCCCAACUGACCAACCGCGCUGCUGUUCUCAUCUGCCUCUUCCUGACCGACAUUGGCGAGCUCCGCGUCAUUCUCACAAAGCGAGCCUCUACGCUUUCUUCCCACUCUGGGGAAGUUGCACUCCCCGGCGGAAAAAGGGAUGUGAGUGAUGCCGAUGAUGUUGCGACGGCAUUGAGGGAGGCAGAGGAGGAAAUUGGAUUAUCCCCUGCUCUUGUUAACAUCGUCACUGUUCUUGAACCAUUUGUUAAUAAGAAGGGUAUGACUGUAGUUCCUGUCCUUGGCCUAUUAUCUAGCAGGGAAGCAUUCAAUCCAACUCCAAAUGCUGCUGAAGUAGAUGCAAUAUUUGAUGUUCCCUUGGAAAUGUUCCUCAAGGAUGAAAAAAGAAGAGCAGUGGAGAAUGAAUGGAUGGGACAUAAUUAUCUACUACACUUUUUUGACUAUGAAUAUGAGAAUGCGAAGUACGUGAUCUGGGCUCUGACUGCUGGUAUCUUGAUCAAGGCAGCAUCCUUGGUGUUCGAGCGACCACCUGCCUUUCUGGAGCGGCGACCCAGAUUCUGGAAUGCUUCUGCUAAUAGCAGCAAAACUUCACAUUCGCAGCAGUGAAGGUAUUUCAUGUAUGCUUACAUUUAUUUGUAACCUUAUCCUUAUUCCAACAAUUUCAUUGUAUUCUUGCAACCUUAGAAGUCUGUCAUUUUGCAGGGAGGAGAAAAUAUUGUGCAAAGAGUAACUAUCUAUUAACGCAUACUGUUGUUUGAAAACUAUAAUUCUAUAAUUUUAGCUGUAGAUCAUCACAACUUUUAGCUAGCAGGCCAAUUUCUCUGAAAUCCUACGGCCUCUCUAUUAGUUAGUGUUGGCUCACAAUUCAUUGAAAAAUUGCCCACUCUUUCUAGAGAGAGCACUGCAGAAACAUAUUUCUCGAGAGCUAUGCAUCCAGAGUUAUGAUGUACUUGAGUUAUAUAUGUCAACACUUUGAGCUUUUGGUUAUGCUACAGUAUUGGAAAAAAAAUUACGGAAUGAGGCUGCCACCCGUUGGAUUAGAUUAGAAAUUUAUAUGCCUCUAGUGAUCAUUAGAUACAAAUUUGAAGUACAUUUGUAGUUUCUCUCAUACAUCCAAUGAUGAAAAUCUAUCAACCAUAUUGUGGUGGCCUCCUUCGAACAAAUUCUCCUA